AUGAUGGACUCAGACGAUGACGAUAUCUACCCGACCAACGAACCAGUCGCCGACCGCCAGGCAAUCAAGACCGAGCCAGACCUAGACGAAGAGGCUGAGGAGGGCGAGGACGACAGCGAUGAAGACAUUAACUUCAUAACAGACGCCAAAGAA